UGCCCACUCCUGGUGCGGCCAACAUAUCCCAGCAUCCCCGGCACCACCUCCUUCUUUUCCCGCCGCCAUUUUGCUGCUGACGGUGUUUUCACCACUCAGUAAGCAACCAUGGCGCCAAGUCGGAAUGGGAUGAUUCUGAACCCUCACUUCCAUAAGGAUUGGCAGAGGAGAGUCCGGACUUGGUUCAAUCAGCCAGCCAGAAAAAACCGCAGGCGGAAGACACGGCAAGCUAAAGCACGCCGCAUUGCUCCACGCCCCGUUGCUGGGCCACUUCGACCAGUUGUUAGGUGUCCCACUGUCAGAUAUCACACUAAAGUACGUGCUGGUCGGGGCUUCAGCCUGGAAGAGUUAAAGACAGCAGGCAUGAACAAGAGGGUGGCACGUACUAUUGGCAUUGCAGUUGAUAACCGACGUCGCAACAAGUCCACUGAAUCCAUUCAGUGUAAUGUUCAGCGUCUGAAAGAAUAUCGUUCUAAGCUGAUCAUCUUCCCAAGAAAGGCUUCUGCACCCAAGAAGGGAGAUUCCACAGCUGAAGAAAUUAAAGUGGCAACUCAGUUGACAGGAGCAGUCAUGCCAAUCAAGAAUGUAUAUAAAAAGGAGAGAGCCCGGGUAAUCUCGGAGGACGAGAAGAAUUUCAAGGCCUUUGCAAGUCUUCGUAUGGCCCGAGCAAAUGCACGUUUAUUUGGAAUUCGUGCCAAACGAGCAAAGGAGGCAGCUGAUCAAGAUAUUGAGAAAAAGAAAUAAAAAUGCAAGAAAUUGAACUAUUAAAUAUAAACAUUUCUAAAUGAAAAUAAAUUGUCAUUCUUUGUAAAAUGACAUUCAAUUUCUGU